GCUGGAGGGGGCGGGGGGGCGGAGCGUAACGGGCAGCCCCCCGCCACCGGACCCCAGGGGGGCGGGGUGACGGCGGCGGUGGAGGACGACGACGACGAGGAGCUGACGCUGAAGUACGGCGCCAAGCACGUCAUCAUGCUCUUCGUCCCCGUCACGCUCUGCAUGGUGGUCGUCGUGGCGACCGUCAAGUCCGUCAGCUUCUACACGCAGAGUGACGGGCAGAGACUGAUCUACACGCCGUUCUCGGAGGACAAGAACACGGUGGGAGAGAAGGCGCUGUACGCCGUCCUCAACGCCCUCAUCAUGAUCAGCGUCAUCAUCGUCAUGACCGGCGUGCUGGUGCUGCUGUACAAGUACCGCUGCUACUCGGUGAUCCAAGGCUGGCUGUUCCUCUCGUCCCUCCUCCUACUCUUCAUGUUCACCUACAUCUACCUCAAGGAGGUGCUGAAGACCUACAACGUGGCCACGGACUACAUCACCAUCGCCGUGGUCAUCUGGAACUUCGGCGUGGUGGGCAUGAUCUGCAUCCACUGGAAGGGCCCCCUGCGGCUGCAGCAGAGCUACCUCAUCAUGAUCAGCGCCCUCAUGGCGCUGGUCUUCAUCAAGUACCUGCCCGAGUGGACCGCCUGGCUCAUCCUGGGCGCCAUAUCCAUCUACGAUCUGCUGGCGGUGCUGUCGCCCAAAGGUCCUCUGAGGAUCCUGGUGGAGACGGCCCAGGAGAGGAACGAGCCCAUCUUCCCAGCCCUCAUCUACUCCUCCACCAUGGUCUGGCUGGUCAACAUGGCCGACACGGAGUGGCCGCCGAAGAGGAACACCACCCAGGCACCCGAGGCCCCCCCAGCGCCAGAGCCCCUGGCCGAGCCCUCUCCCCCCCCCAGCAGCCCGCGGGAGGAGGACAGCGGCUUCAGCCGGGACUGGGUGAACCAGCAGCAGAACCAGCUGGGCCAGCUGCAGUCCACCGAGGAGACCCGGCGGCAGAUCCAGGAGAUGCCCUCGGACCGGCCCCCCGUGGAGGAGGAGGACGACGAGGAGCGGGGUGUGAAGCUGGGUCUGGGGGACUUCAUCUUCUACAGCAUGCUGGUGGGCAAGGCCUCGGCCACGGCCAGCGGGGACUGGAACACCACGUUGGCCUGCUUCGUGGCGAUCCUCGUGGGUCUGUGUCUGACGCUGCUCCUGCUGGCCAUCUUUAAGAAGGCCCUGCCCGCUCUGCCCAUCUCCAUCUUCUUCGGUCUGUUUUUCUACUUCUCCACCGACUACCUGGUGAGGCCCUUCAUGGACGAGCUGGCUCUGUACCAGUUUUACAUUUAGCAGGACCUCCCCGGCACAGGGGGGGGGGGGGGG